AUCGCAAAAAGACAUGCUCUGAUUCGAGACCAACCAAACAACCCACCUGCCAACUCUUCUCGCCGACUCCUCGUCUUCUUCCACCAUCGACCGGCCAGCUGCCUCUCCAGGUGCUUCAAAUACUCUUGCGUGACAACUUCAACCGGCCGUGCACCUGCAACUAUCGGCCGCUCCGGAUCGAAUAUCGACACCCGACAUCCUGUCUACACAGAUUGGUCCAGGAACAUCAUACACUCCGGCGGCAUCAUGUCUCUUCCCCUAAGCUCCGAGGAUGAGGAUAACUACACCCACAUCAUUGACGGCAUUCUCGCUACUGCAGACUUGACGACCAUCACUCGCAAGAAGAUCCGUUUGGGUCUGGAGAAAGCUCUUGGCGGGAAGGAUUUGACUACUCAAAAGGAUGCCAUCAAGGCGCUGAUAGAAGAGCGUUUCGAUGCGAUCUCAGGUUCCAACGACGCAGCACCCGACUCAUACUCCGCAAGCCCCGCCCCGAAGCGCGAAGCCAACGGCCACGACGAUGAUAUUGAUGGCGAGAUUGAGGUUUCCGUCGCGCCCGUCAGGAAGAGGCAGAAGCGCGAGGACUCUUCUGAAGACGCCGACGCCAAGCUCGCUGCCAAGCUACAGGCCCAGGAAAAUCAGAUGGCGAGAGGGCGGACAACGCGCGGCGGCAACGGCGCAAGCAGCAAGGGUAGCAAAGCGGCCAAGAAGAAGGCGCCUCGCAAGAAGAGCGCGAAGAAGAUUGAUGACAGCGACGUUGAGGACAGCGGCGAACCGCCGAAACGCAAGGCUGGUGGUGGGUUCCAAAAGCCCUUCAACCUGAGCGAACCGUUGUCAGAGUUGCUUGGCGAACCCCAGCUCUCUCGUCCGCAGGUUGUCAAGAAGCUCUGGGAACACAUCAAGGGCCACGACCUACAGGAUCCGGAAAACAAGAGACAAAUCCUAUGCGACGACAAGAUGCAUGCUAUUUUCAAGCAAUCUAAGGUGGACAUGUUCCAGAUGAACAAGAUGAUCGGCGCUCACCUUUACCCGGUUGAGGUUGAGGAGCAGUGAGAGCAGACUUAAGAAGGACGUGGUCCAGGAUGAAAAUAACACGGACGAGCGGUGCGAUUUAAAGCAAUGGCGUCUUUCCGGUUUGGGACGGGCAAUCAGAACUUUCUGGGCGGUUUGGUUGGGCAUCCGGGUACAGGCAGCAAAUGGACGGCGAACCGCAAAGUACCUUAUCGUGUGUGGUUGUUCGAGGAGGAUAACAGUAGAGGGUGGGUUCGUUGUCGACAUGGCAUACCUUAUUUUACAUAUUUGGCCAUGCCGGUCGUCGCAGCCAUCGCUGCAACUGCAGGCUUUACGCUACC